UCGAGACAGCGAUGUCUGCUCAAGACUUUGGUUUUCCAUUCAAACCAUAUGGUAUCCAGGAAGACUUCAUGAAAGAACUGUACAAUGUACUAGAUCAGGGAAAAAUCGGAAUUUUCGAAUCUCCAACAGGAACGGGAAAGUCCUUGAGCUUACUUUGUGGAUCUCUACGAUGGCUUUACGACCAAGAACGGGUAUCAGCUCAAAUCACAACGGCCGAAAGAAAGGAAGCUGCGGCCGAUGAACCUGACUGGCUGAAGGAGUACACUGUGCAACACGAACAGAAGACGCAGCAGUCUGAACGCCAGCUUCGAAGGCAGGAACUUCAAGAACGCAUAGACAGAGCGCGGAAAAGAGAACAGUCGGAACGUCGUAACAAAUCCGCAUGGAUAGCCAGGCAGCAUGUGAAAAAGACGAAAACAGCUCAAGAACAAGGGAACCCAAACGACUCGGAGGAUUCAGAAUUUCUACUUGAUGAAUAUGAUAGCGAUGAUACCAGUAACGCGGAUGGCCGAAAAAAGCCAUCGUCAGCGAAAAGCGAAAGUCAAUCCAACUUGUCUGCAGAUGUACAAGAAUUACUGAGAAGAUUAGACACUCAAAAUACCUUGACUUCUAGCUCAACUAGUGAAAAAGUAGACACAAUGCAAGAAGACAACGAUGAAGUUGAUGAACUGAAGAUCUUCUUCACUUCUCGUACACAUUCUCAGCUGUCUCAAUUCAUACGAGAAGUCCAAAAGACAAAUUACGCGGAUAGUUUGCACUCUGUUGGUUUGAGCUCCCGCAAAAACCUGUGCAUCAACAAAGAUGUCCAAAAAUUGAAUAGUGUUCAUCGCAUUAAUGAACAGUGCCUUGAGCUACAAAAAAAGAGUUCUGGCAAGCGUUGCGAAUGCUUGCCUACUGUUUCAGAGAAAGGCCGACUACUUGAUUUCAGAGAUCAUGCUUUGGCUAAAGUAAGAGAUAUUGAAGAGCUAGUCGAUGUUGGCAAGAGCUUGAACACAUGUCCCUACUACGGUACGAGAAAGACUAUCAAGCCUGCUCAGCUCGUUACUCUUCCAUAUCAGCACCUUUUACACAAGACCACACGAGAAUCUCUCGGCAUUUCACUCAAAAACAACAUUGUCAUUAUAGAUGAAGCACACAAUCUCAUAGAUACCAUCAAUUCGAUUCAUACAAUAACCAUCCAUUCGAAGCAAAUGAGAACAGCACUGUCACAACUUUCCCAGUAUUUGCAACGAUACAAAGCAAGGCUCUUGGGCAAAAAUAUUGUAUAUAUUAAACAAAUCAUCAUGAUUGUCAAAUCAAUGAUAAAAUUCAUGGAAAGCACCAUUCAGCAUGGCAAGACUAGCAACAAAAGCAAAGAAAAAAUUCUAAAUAUCAAUGAGUUUGUUCACGAACUAGGCAUUGAUCAUUUGAAUAUGUUCAAAAUCGAAAAAUACCUUAAAGAGAGCAAGCUGGCUCGUAAACUCAAUGGGUUUUUGGAUAUGAAGAAGAAGAAGGACGCGCAGGAUAAGCUUAACAACCCGGAGCACGAAGCUGAGAAUGAUCCAUCGGUGUCUUCUAUCCCUAUAUUAAACCAGAUCGAAGCGUUACUGAUGGCCCUUACAAAUGCAGAUAAAGACGGCCGAAUCAUUGCUGCAUGUGAGAAUGAUGAUGAAUAUAUUCAAUACAUGCUUCUCAAUCCAGCAAAUGAGUUCAAAGCAAUUGUCGAAGAGACACGGAGUGUAGUGCUGGCUGGUGGUACUAUGGAGCCUAUGUCGGAUUUUUUGACGCAUUUGUUUCCGUACGUUGAAAAGGACAGAAUCCACAAGUUCAGUUGCGGGCAUAUCAUUCCCGAAGAAAACUUGCAAGUUCUAACCGUAGGCACUGGUCCCACCGGUCAGAAACUGAUAUAUAACUUUGAGCACAGAAGUGACACAAAGCUGAUUGAUCAAACAGGACAAAUCAUAGCUAAUUUGUGCAAUGUCAUUCCCGACGGCGUUGUCUGCUUUUUCGCAAGUUACCCUUACAUGGAACAGGUCUACCAGCGAUGGUCUCAUGCCGAAAGUGGAAACAUUCUAGAUCGAAUCAGCAAGAAGAAGAAGAUUUUUCGUGAACCGCGCGCAGCAAAUAUGGUGGAUGCCACGCUAAGAGAUUAUGCGCUUCAAAUCGAUACAGGCGAAAGUGGAGCGAUACUCUUUUGCGUGGUAAACGGUAAAAUGUCAGAAGGAAUUAACUUUUCUGAUCGGCUUGGACGAGCCGUUAUAAUGGUUGGCCUUCCUUUCGCCAAUCUAGCGUCUGCAGCGCUAGUGGAAAAGAUCAAAUAUGUCAAAGAACAUGCAAAUGCACAAGGUGCUAGUGGAGAUGCCGGAAAAGAGUAUUACGAAAACCUUUGUAUGCGUGCUGUCAAUCAGUCCAUAGGCCGUGCCAUUCGACAUAAGAACGAUUUUGCUACAGUGCUUCUAUUGGACGAGAGAUACGAUACCACGCGCAUUCAAAAUAAGCUUCCAGGCUGGAUUAGAGAAAGUGUAUACGAAUGCAAAAACUUUGGCCAAGUCAUGUCAAGGACUGCAAGCUUCUUUAGAGAUAAACGUCAGCAAUAGAUAUGUAAAAUAAUAAUAAUGUAUUUAUCAAUGUACAAUACACAUCCAAC